CGAGCCGCGGAGGGGCAAAGGACCUGUGCUCCGCCCCCGUGGCGCGCCGAGCAGCAGACGACGACGCAGCGCCGGCAGCAGCAGGAGGAGGAGCUGCUGCCAUGGCCUCGUCCAGCGACGGCCGCCAUGGCCCUGGACCGGGCCCGGCCGCUGCCGCUGCGACUGCGACUGAGACUGCGACUGAGACCACGACUGCCUCUACCGUCGUCGACGUCGCCGAUGACGCCCGCGCGCCGCCCCAGAGCCUCGAACCCGCGUCCGAGGGAGAGCCGCGCGCAGCCACGACCGCCGCCACGCAUCAAGACCCUUCAUCAAGCUCUGCGCCGCCUGCCCCGACGGUCGCGCCCGCCUCGGCCGAGCCCACCCCUGCUGCGCCUGCCACGACGGCCACUUCUGGCGACACGGCCGUGACGCCUGCCGCGUCUGGCGCAGCUGCGACGCCUACGUCAGAUGGGCCUACCGGUGCAUCGCAGCCGUCGCUCGAGCCCAAGGCCGCCGCCGCCUCUGCACAACAGACGGCUGACAUCGCGCAAACUCCAGCACCGGCACCUGUGCCCGCCCGGCCGUCGACGCCUCCUUCGACCAAACCACCUACCGUCAACCCUGACCAACCUUCAACACCUCGAGCGGCUGCCAUCAACAGGCCCAACCCCAGCAGAGGCGACACUCACGUUGACGAGCCCAUGCCAGACGCUCCCGCUUCUACGCCGGCCAACGCGCCAGGCACGGAUUCACAGGGCGUCCAAGACCAGGUUCAGAACCAAGUGCAGCUCGCUCAGCAGCAGCAGCAAAACGCCGGUAUGCAGCAGCAAAACGACGACCAGUACCCGCCAUCGACCCCAUUCACCCCAGCGGCCAUCUCCAACCUCGAUCAACAGGCCUACAUGAUGAUGGCCUUCAUGUCCGGCGCCCAGAACGCCAUGUCGCCCCCUCCCACCGUGACACCCUCCCAAGUAACCCUCCCCAACCCGCUGGAUAGUGAGCUCAACGGCUUUGCCGUGAACAGCCUGCGUCAGGCAGCUGCCGACAAGGGGCUCGAGUCGUUUGCACGCAUCGAGUUCGCCGACAGCGUUUUCCAGAUGACCACAUACGCAGUCAUCAUCGGCAGAGAUCAGCGAGCCCUCGAGCAGGCCCGCCGCGACGAGAAGCGCGCCGAGGAGCACAAGCGCAGGAUAGAAGAAAACGCCAGCAAGGGCCUGCCGCCGCCCUCCCCAAUUCACCAGGACCGUAGCAAAUUUAGCAAAUCCUACGUCAGUGAGGAAGGUGGCAUGCUGGGUCCCGAGUCCGAUAGCGAAGAGAAUGGCCGACCCGCCAAGCGCCGCAAGACCAGCACCACGGGAUCCUCGCAAAAGGACAACGACGAGUCCCAGGAGAACAUGAUCUCCAACCGCCAGUACGUCUCGCACACGCCGGGUGCCGCAGCCGUCGACCUCACCUCGCUGCGCCCAUCUCCCUGGCACGUCCCCUUCAUCGGGAUCCAUUCCCCCGGCCCGGAUAUUGCGAGCAAGACCAAGGCCAUCUCUCGGGAGCAUUUAAGGAUUGCCUAUAACCAAAAGGAGGGUGUUUUUGAGGCCAUUCCGCUCCACAAGAACGGUUUCUUCUGCGAGGAUAUCCAUUACAAAAGCGACAAGGUCGUCCUGCAUUGCGGCGACCGGCUGCAGAUCAAGGACGUGGACUUUCGCUUCAUGAUCAACGGUGUCGAGCGAGGAUGCACAGGUGCUGAGGAGUACAAAGAAGAGGAGCCAGCCGCCAAAAAGCGAAAGACUCACGGCGGCAAGGAAAUGAGCUUCGAUUUCGAGCAGUCGCACGGCAACGGCGAGAUUCAGAGCACCAGCGACGAACUUUCGGACGUCGAAGUCAGUCCCCCAGAGCUGUCUGACUUUGGCGAGGAUGCCGAAGGUGACGAGGCGGAAGAGCCGGCAGCAGAAGUCGCAGAGGCCGCAGGGGAGCCGCCGCCAGAGGUGAAAUCCGAGCCUGUGCCCGUACCUGAAGAACCAGUGAUACCGCAGAUACCCAAGAAACGAGGACCUGGACGGCCACCAAAGAACGGCGUCAUGUCGAAGCGCGAGCAGCGCUUACUCAAGAAGCAGCAGCAGGAGAUGGCCAAGAAGACGUUGCCACAGGCUCCACCCGUUGAACCGCCGGUUAAGCGCAAGGUCGGCAGGCCGAGGAAACAUCCACUGCCAGAGAACGCGGGAGACAGGCCGGAGAAGCGCAAGUACAAGCCGAGAAAGCCAAAGACGGAAGACGGUGCCGAAGGAUCCGACGCCGAGAGGCGUGCGAGGGAGAAGAAGGACAAGAAGGUCCGACCCAAGUCCCCGCCCUUGGAGCUCAAGAUCGAGGACUACACGGAGGAGCAGCUGCAGAAGCCGAACAAGAACUACGGUGUCUUGAUCGACGAGACUCUGACGGCGGCAGGCCCCGACGGCCUUACGCUCAAGCAGAUUUACAAGCGCAUCUGUCAGCGGUAUCCCUGGUUCUACUUUCACACAGAAACAAAGGGUUGGGAGAGCAGUGUCCGCCACAACCUCAUUGGGAACGAAGCGUUCAAAAAGGACGAAACGACCAACUUGUGGUCUCGUGUUCCUGGCGUCGAGCUCGAUGCCGGCAAGAAACGCAAGGCCACCUCUCCCGAUCGCGCACUGGCUGCCCAGGGGUACGGCCCGUACUCGUAUCCCUUCAACGCCGCUCAGCAUCUACCACCUGGCGCACCCGGCUUCCCUCCUGGCCAAGUGCCGCAUGGAUACCAGAUACCCCAGUUCCCGGGCCAACCUGGUCAGCCCGGGCAGCAGCAGCCGCCUCGGCCGAUGCAGCCGUACGGCAGCUCUGCCUCGCCACCCACCGGUCCUCCUCCCGUGGCAGCCGCCCAGCCUCCGCCUCCAGCACACGUUCCUGGAUACGGGCCACCUCCUGCGCCUGCUCGGCCGCAGCUUGGAGGACCCCAGCCUGGGGCAUACAGCUCCCCCUACGCGUCUCGACCGCCGCCGCCACCGGCCAUCGCUCCUGUCAAGACGGAAGACGGUGCGGCUCUCACGCCCGCCCCCGUGGCAGCCCAGCCGACUGCCGCGGCGCCAGCUUCUGUCUCAGUUACCCCCGCCGCUGCCGGGGCGAGGCCCGUCGCCGGUCCAGCACCGACCUCGCAGCCAGCGGCGGCCUCGGGGUCCCGGCCCUCGGCGACCUCGGCAACACCGCCUGCUAAUGCGCCGCCUAGACCGGUCAUUGAUCCUCGCCUUCUGACCGCCGUGGUCAGUCUUAAGACCGGGUUGGUGGAGAGUCUCAAGAAGGCCCGGAGCCCCAACGCGGAGGCCAUCGUCAUGUCCGCCCUCAACCGAUGCAUUGGGCUCAAAACCGCAGCCACAGAAAAUGACAAGAUGGAGGCCAUCUGUAUCAAGGGCAUUCGGCAAGUCAUUGAGGGCUUCACAAAGAAGAACAGUCCGACUCCAGGGGGGACCACGACGCAGCCGGAUAUUCCCGUCAUCUUCGAGACCAAGGUGUUUUCGUCCCUGACGGGCUUCAAAGACGUGUCUGUGAGGGCAUUAUCAGCACGGCUGGGGGCUUCUCGUGCGGAAGCGGUGACACUUUCGUCCAUCGACCGAGUCCUUGGCCUCGCGGACGCAAGCAUCGUUGCCCCGCCAGAAGAGGGCGAGCAGGGCGGCAACUUUGAGGGUGUUGAGCAGCACCUGAUGAAGUCUUUGCGGCAAUUGCUGCGGGGCAUGAACCAGCAGCUCCAGGAACCCAAAUAGAGCGAGCGUUGUACGCGCGGCGGAGGAUCUCCUUGGCGGUCCCGUUGGGAUAUUCUCUGCGGGGAUACAUGUCUACUAGUAUGUCGGCGCACGCGAGUGGGGUCGCUUCAAAUGAGGCCAGCAAAUGUUUUUAUGUGACGCGCGGGUCAUCUCUCGGCAAGGACCGACCGGUCAUGGUCGGAGAGCCUGAGCUCAAGUCGCGGUCGAGAGAGGGUUGUGCGCCCAUCACGUUGGCGGUACUCAACAUAUAUCCAGGUAGAGCUAUUGGCCCGGCGUUUUGUAGUUUGGCGCGAGGGUAGCGACGUUAUUGAAAAAACAAA